AGGGUUUGUAUAUAUGAACCAGUAUGGCGCGACUUCGAUAACCGAUCAUUUCUGAUUUCAUCCUCCGUCGACCCUUAGCAUUGCACGAGAAAACCCUAGUUUUCUACGAUGGUGAACUGGAGGAUUAGGCAAGAAUGGGAGGAAUACGAUCUCCAAAGCUCAUACGCUGACAAUCCAUGUAUGUUCUCGAUACGAUUGAACUAUGGUGGAGUUUUUACGAAGUUUCCAGGCCGCAAAUACAUAAAGGGGAAGAUGAAAUAUAUUGAUGGCAUUGAUAGUGACUUGUUCUCGGUGCAUGAUAUGGACGAGAUAAUGGAAUUGCUUGAUUGUGUGGAACCAGGUAAAAGUAUUUAUUAUCAUUUCAAACGACCAACCUGGGAUUUAGAUUUUGGGUUGUAUGCUUUGGGUUGUGACGAAGAUAUAAACCACUUUAGGUCAUACGUGUAUGAACACAAGGUGAUAGAAGUGUAUACAGAGUUUUGGGAAACCAAGCUCCAUACGUAUCAAAUGUCCCCAAACCCUGCAAAGAUAAAGAUACACGAAAUUCCUGAGUCCCUUUGUCGUAAAAGCUUGUUAUUGACAUGGUCAAAUUCAGGGGAUUGUCCUAGUGAAGAAGCCCCUGUUUUUGAGAAUGUAGAAACUAUGGACGAACCCCCUAGUACAUUACUUGAAACAACCUUGGAACAACCCCUUGUUACAUUGAGUGAAACAGUUGAGUCAACCCCUGCCUAUAUACCAAGAAUUGAAAGCCCUUUGACUGAACCAAUGAUAGGAAGCACAUGUCCUAAUGUUGAUGGUGAAGACAGUCAAGCUAGUAAAGACAGUCAUGAUAGUGAUGACACUGAAGAUAGUGAAUACAGUCAAGAUAGCGAUUACAUAGUUGAUGAAGAUAAUUUGUUAGAUGAUCCAGAGGUUGAUAUGAAGAACUUUCACCUCAACAUUGACAAAGAGGUGGAGUGGGUUGGAAGUUUUCCUGAUGAUCGAGAUGAAGCAGUAGAAGGUGAUGAAGAAUUAGAGGUUAUAAACACUGAAGAAUUUGUAUCUGCAUCUUCAUCAGAUGAGGGUGAAGCUAGUAAAAAAAGGAAGAAGAUAAGAGAUUUACGAAGAGCACAUAAGAAUGAAGCAGCUGCUGUCAAAGAUCCAUUUUACAUCCACCAGACUUUUAGCACAGCCAAGGAAGUUAAACAACAAAUUUAUCUUCAUUCCAUACAGAGUAGAAGGGAGUUAGACUUCGUCAAGAAUGACAAAAAUAGGAUUAGAGUGGUUUGCAAAGGGACAAUACCAAACCUUGGGAUAUUAGAAACAGGUGGGACCAGCAAAAGUAAUGACAAAGUGGGACCAAGUCAAAAGAAAAAGAAAGUGAAAGAUGGUUCUAUUCAUAAAUGCCCAUGGGUCCUACUAGUGAGUAAGUGGAAAAAAGACAUUAACUGGACUGUUAAGACCUAUGAAAAGCAACAUACGUGCCUUCAAACAAGGAAAAUUAGGGCAUGUAACUACAAGUUUCUCUCUGAACAGAUUGUUGACACAGUGGAGGCAAACCCAGAAAUACCACUUAGAGCAUUACGUGAGAUGCUUGAGAAGAAAUACCAACUUGGAUUGUCAGACAUGAAAGUUCAUAGGGCGAAAACGAAAGCCCUGGAAUCAAUUAGGGGAGAUUUUGCUGCUCAGUACUCAUGUCUAAGAGACUACUUACAGGAGGUGCAGAGUAGAAAUCCAAACACCACAGUCAAACUUCAAGUGCAAAGUGAACCAUGUUAUGCAUCUGAGACCAGGGUAUUUGAACGAGUAUACAUUUGUCUUGGUCCACUGAAAAGUGGAUUUGCAGCAGGGAAAAGAGAUUUACUAGGGCUUGAUGGUGCAUUCAUGAAGGGUCCAUACCAUGGUAUGAUCCUGACAGCAGUGGGUUUAGAUGGGAACAAUUGCACAUACCCUUUGGCAUAUGCAGUUGUUGAAGCAGAGAACUUUAAUUCAUGGACCUGGUUUUUAACUAACUUAGGAGAUGAUCUUGGUUUGUAUGCAAACUCCAACUUCACUUUCAUAUCAGAUAGACAGAAGGGGUUAUUGCCUGCACUUGAGAAACUUUUCCCAGCAGCAGAGCAUAGAUAUUGCCUAAGGCAUCUUCAUGAGAACAUGAAACGUAAAUGGAGGGGCAAGGAAUUCAAGGAUUGUCUUUGGAAAUGUGCAACAUGUACCACCAUACCACAAUUCAACAGUGCCAUGGAAGAACUAAAGAAACUUAACAGUGAAGCAUAUGACUGGCUUAAUUCUAUUCCACCUAAGCACUGGUCCAGAUCCCACUUCUCAGGGAGGGCACAUUGUGAUGCUUUGUUGAAUAAUAUGUGUGAGAGUUUGAAUAGCAAGAUAGUGAAGGGUCGUGAUAAGCCAAUUAUCAGUUGCUUGGAGUUUAUUAGGGAGUAUAUCAUGAGGAAAAUUGUCAUGGUUCAAAAAGAAAUUGAUAAAGCUAAUGGCCCAUUAACUCCUACAGCCACUAAGACCCUUGAAAAAAUUAAAGAAAGGGCAGUACAGUGUAGGGCAGUGUUCUGUGGCAAUGGGAAGUACCAGGUUACAAGUGAAGGUACUAAUCAGUAUGUGGUUAAUAUGGACCAACAAACUUGUUCAUGUAAUAGGUGGGAACUGACAGGCAUACCCUGCAAACAUAGUAUAGCAGCUAUAUGGGAUAUGAGGCUCAACAAUGAAAAUGUUGGAAUACCUGAGACAUGGGUACACCCAACUUAUUGGCUCAAGACAUGGAAAGAAAUGUAUGUCUUCAAAGUUGAACCUAUUAAUGGGAGGUUAUUGUGGGAAAAAAGCACAUGUCCUACCAAGUUGAUACCACCAAAGUAUCGUGUCCCUAUUGGCAGACCAAAAAAAAAGAGAAGAAGAUCUGCAACAGAAGAUGAUGGAGUGUCCACAAAAUGGAAAUCUGUAACAUGCACAAAAUGUGGAAAUGUGGGCCAUAAUGGAAGGACCUGCAAGGGACAAUCACAGACUGGGAAUGGAACAGGAGAAGGUGCAGCAGGGAAUACAACAGGAGAAGGUGCAGCAGGUAGCAGUGGUGGUGUACAAAAUGGAGUUGGGAACAAAGGAAAAAGCCCCAUGCUUUGAGAAUUUGUAGUUUGGUAUCAUGAUUACUUUGUUGUUAUGUUUUGUAUUUUGAUACUUUGUUGCUGUGUAGGAUAACUAUUUGUAUGCCA